GUCAGCCGUGCUUAUCCAGCAGCACUUGGCUUGAAACCAAUCAACACUCUGGAGCGAAGGUCAACCCCAUACUAUCCUAGUGAAGUGGGCACACGCCGUCUGCGUCUGGAGAGUUCGGCAAUGGCGAUGCAACCCCGACUCACGAGAAGGUCAAGACCGCCAUCGACCAGGCCGCCGCAAAAAUGUAGAGCAUGAUGACGGAAAAGUUUGGGACCGUCAUGGAAGCCCUGUCUCGGGUAGUGCCCGAGACACCGCCAGCUGGAAGUACGACCGGAGCGGGUGGCGGGGGAGAGUCACGGGGGGAAGGCACGCCCCUCCCGGCGCUAGUCGUCGUGUGGAACAAGCGCCGAUCACCGGACAGGGGCUCGAGAGAGAACGAGGACUGCCGGACACAGCCCCGCAAGGACCCACGCUGCCGUCUGCGGAGGACGUCUCGCGCGAAAGCGCAACCAGUGACCCGCCGGCACGGCACGACCCAACCAUGAAGGCCCGGAUCCCACGCCUCAAGCAGCUAAACUUCGAUGGCCAAGAAAAGAACUGGCUAGUCAAAUGUUCAAGAACGACUUCAUGACGCAGGUGCAAACGUGCGGAAUGAUGCAUGCUCUGAACGAUAGCCGAGACAUUGAGAUCCAAGGGAUGGAUGACGAUGGCAUGAUAGAACAGAGGGUAGCUGCAGAAGAGGUUCAUGUGUACCGGGAUUGUGGGGCAUGUUGGUAGGAGCGAUUUCAGACGAGACUCCCAAGCUGGUGGUUUACAACAGCAAGGGGCCCUCCGCAGCGUGGCGUGCACUUGAGCAGACGUUCACCCCACUAACUGGCGGCAAGCAGAUUUCGCUUAUCGGAAAGUUAUACACUGCCCGACAAGAGAGAGACCAGGCUCCUCGAGUUUUCUUCCAACACCGUAACUAGUAUAGAGUUAGCACUCGGCCAGCCCAUCCACAAGAUGGUCGUGUACGCUCGAUUCCUUGACGCUCUUUCCUCCGAGUACGACGUGCAAAAGCAACAACUGCUCAGCGACAACACUCUGGAAGAGGAGGAGAUGUUGAGGGUGCUAAGGACUAGGGCUAGGUUCUGGACUUGAAGAAGGACAAUGGGUCAAAGCGGAAGGUUGACGGGCGAGUGCAACAUGCGUUCGUAGCAGUCGGGGAGGGGUCUAGGAGGUAACGAUGGUCGAGGAAAAAAAACGGAGGGGACGAACAGGCAUGCGUAGCGGGUGAUGGCGCCGCCGAAAAAAAGUCCGUCCGCUGCCACAUGGUAUAUAUAAUAGGAGGAAACGAUGGUGAGCACGAAAUACCGGGGGGACGAACAGGCAUGCGUAGCGGGUGAUGGUGCCGCCGAAAAAAUGUCUGUCCGCUGCCGUGUUCGUCCCACCAUGUGGCAGCGGACGGACUUUUGUUCGGCGGCACCAUCGCUCGCUACGCAUGGUCGUCCCCCCCGUUUUGCUUCCUCGACCAUCGUUUUCUCCUAGACCCCUCACCGACUGCUACGAACGCAUGUUGCACUCGCCCGUCAACCUUCCCCUUUGACCCAUUGUCCUUCUUCAAUCAAGUACCCACCCCUGGUCCUUGGCACCCUCAACAGGUCUGCCAGAGGUGCGGAGGAAGAGGGCAUCAUGUGAAAAAAUGCGCAUCGAAAGUGGCGAAUGAGGUUGCUGUGGCCUCGAUGGAAGUAGAAGAGUUGGACGUCGCAUAUGAAGCGCUUUGAAUAUUUCGGCGUGUUGCUUUCUGUCUCUCCUUCCUCUGCGUGUGCGCGGUCGGUUAUUUUUUUCUGAGAAGCUGCCUCCGCAUGCCCGACUAUGCAACUGUUGUUAGGAAUUGUUGGGCGCCAUAUUUUUCCCCGGGUGUGUGUGUGUCUUGCUUUUUGCUGAUUUGCUUGCUGCCCCCUUGUGGUUGUAGCUGUUACGCAGGCAGCCUACGAAACUCGAGGUUGCUUGUCUGGUCCGCCAUGCUCAUCUCAGUAGCUCGUCGUAUAGGUAGAUGCAUGAGGCGUCCUUGCAUGAUGAAUAUUGAUGGCGAUGUGGCAUUCUGUUGCUGUCUCAUUUUGUAUUGGAUGACCCGGGGCGCCGCGGUCACACUGAUUUGAUUGAUGAUUUCGGAAUUACUUCCCAGCCCAUACAGUUUGAGGCUGAGAUACUUGCUCUGAACUCAGGUUUGGUUGACGAAGGCUGCAUCCAAUUUUUCGUGAUGAAUGGCGACCAGUGUCUCCCAUCGUAGCGGUACCAACAAGUGGGUUGAUGAGCUGUUUUUGGUCGAGAUACUGCUGAUGUUUCAUUGAUGCACAGGUCGAGGGCGGCACCCUUGUCUGCGAUGUGAUUGAUUGCCUUUUUAUAUAUCCUUCCGCUGAGAACCACGUAGCGUUGGUUUUCGCUUUUCUGUUAUGGAUCGACAACGGUGCUCGGGGUUGUAGAGGAGCCCCGGUGCUGACGGCAAACUUGAUACAGUAGGGAUCCUGUUGCUGGGAGGGGACUGCUUGAAAAAAAGGAGUAGUGAAGAUGUCUGUUACCAGUGUCUCCCGUAGCGAUGAACGAGCAAGUUUGCUGACGAACUGUUUGCGGUUGAGUGCUGCUUGGUGUACCUCUGAUGUGCAGGUUUUGAGGGGGGCACCUCUCCCUGCGAUUUGGGAGGCUGCCCUUUUUUUGGUCGUCAGUUGGGAGCGAUGCAGCGUCAGAUAUUUUGUGGUUUUCCGCUGUGAUGAGCGAUGUAGCGUCAGAUCUUUCGUUUUUCAGCUGCUACUUGGCAUCGGUGCUUGGGGCUGUAGGCGCGCCCCGGUGCCAACAGCAACUUGAUACAUGAGGCUACUUGAAGAGGAGCAGCAAAUGUCUGAUGUUUUUUUGUGAACGU